GACAGUGCCAUGUGGGGCAGACGAGGCUCACCCGCCACCUCUUCUGGGCACCGCGCGUCGCUGUUGCAGCUGCUGUUGGCGGCGCUGCUAGCGGCGGGGGCGCGGGCCAGCGGCGAGUACUGCCAUGGCUGGUUGGACGCUCAGGGCGUCUGGCGCAUAGGCUUCCAGUGCCCCGAGCGCUUCGACGGUGGCGAUGCCACCAUCUGCUGCGGCAGCUGUGCGCUGCGCUACUGCUGCUCCAGCGCCGAGGCGCGCCUGGACCAAGGAGGCUGCGACAACGACCGUCAGCAGGGUGUGGGGGAGCCAGGCCGGACAGACAGAGAAGGCCCAGACAGCUCAGCAGUCCCCAUCUAUGUGCCAUUUCUCAUCGUUGGCUCCGUGUUUGUUGCCUUCAUCAUCCUCGGGUCCCUCGUAGCAGCCUGCUGUUGCAGAUGUCUAAGGCCAAAGCAGGAUCCCCAGCAGAGCAGAGCCCCGGGGGGCAGCCGCCUGAUGGAGACUAUCCCCAUGAUCCCCAGUGCCAGUACUUCCAGGGGGUCAUCGUCUCGGCAGCCCAGCACUGCUGCGAGUUCCAGCUCCAGUGCGAACUCGGGGGCCCGGGCUCCCCCAACAAGGUCGCAGACCAACUGCUGCCUGCCUGAGGGAACCAUGAACAAUGUGUACGUCAACAUGCCCACAAAUUUCUCUGUACUUAACUGUCAGCAGGCCACCCAGAUCGUACCCCAUCAAGGGCAGUACCUACACACCCCAUAUGUGGGGUAUGCGGUACAACAUGACUCUGUGCCCAUGACGCCAGUGCCCCAAUUCAUGGAUGGCCUGCAGCCUGGCUACAGACAAGUACAGCCCACCUUUGCCCACACUAACAGUGAACAGAAGAUGUACCCUGCAGUGACUGUAUAGCUUGAAGUCACCAAUUAGACUUUUACCAGACUGAGGCAGAAACGGCCAGAUUCUUGUGCCAGAAGUCUGUUCAAGUUGGUGGUAUUUUCAUCAAGGUUAGGGUUCUCCUGGAUGACUCCAUUGCCUGAGAGCAUCUCCAGAGCAGUGUCUCUGUGCAUGUUUCCUGAUUCAGAGUGGAAAGACACAGCCCCUGGAGUCGCCACCUGUGUCCUCAAUUUUGUGACAAAUGCUUGAGCCCCUAAGUGCCCUUGAGGUGUGGCUGCCAGAGCCCGAGAUUGUAUGGUGUCAUUAUUUCUUUUUGUUUCAGCAGCACAAGAGAACACCUGUGACCUCUCUUUUACCUGGGCUGGGUUUUUAAAGCAGUGUUCAAGGCUGAAAGAAGAUGUAAAUAAUAUAAUUAUUAUGAAAAGAAGCCGGUUUGA